CCCCAAGAUCGUGCAAGCGCGAAUGAUGGAGCAAGCGCCGCGCCAUGUCGUUGUCUUUGGCGAGCUCAGCCCCGAGCAAAAGAGAAAGUACUCCAAGUUCAUCAUCGACCACAACAUCAAGUUUGCCAAGAAUGCCGACGGCCUCUUCGUCGCGACCGUGCGUCUCGAGCAGCCGAUCCCGCCGGCUACCGCCGCGCCACUUCCCAAGCACGUGUCGCUCCAAGAACGUCUCCGCAACAUCCACGUCGUCACCGUGCCAGAGGCCCUUGGGCGGUAUACCACGAUGUGCAGCAUGCUCGAGACGUCGCCCGAGAUCGUCGCGUCCAAGCAACCGCUCUCCGAUGUGAAUUUGAUCAAACUCUUGCAUGAGAUCUACGACGCGCGCGCGGCCGAGCCGCAGGGCGACGUCGACGACCCGUCGUUUUGCGCAUUCGUUUCGCUCUACUUUCAGACGCGGUAUGGACUGCCGUCGCUCGUGCACCAGCACGUUCUGGAGCUGCUCUUCAGUCUCUACGCCCACCGAGACGACUUGGAGGCCGAGCUCUUCUCGGGCUUUCUCGACGGCACGUACGACGAUGACGCGCUGCGCUUCUUCCUCGACGCGCGUUCCAAGCUUGUGGCCAUGACGACCCGCGACGCACUGGGCACAAAGCUCAAUGUUGCCAAGGACAGCGUGUGGCUGUCCAAGGCCCAGUGCUUUGUGCUGGCGCAUCACGUCUACGGCGCCCGCCUCGGCGCGCCGUACCUCACGUUUAUGAACAAGAUGAAAGAGUACGUGGCCAGCCAGCCGAUGCCCCGCAGCCUGCACGAGACCAUGGAGAUGAACGAGUUUCUGUCUUUGGCGCUGGAAACCCAUCAAAUGCUGCGCGCCAACGGCGCUCCCGACUACGUCCCCGAGAUCAAAGAGAACCCGCCCACGUCACCGGCCGACGAGAAGCAGCGACUCUUCGCGCUGCUCCAGCGUGUGCGCCAUCGUCAGGACCAUACGCUGACAGUCGAGGCCGAUGGGUGGCUGCCCCACCAGGAACAUGGCCAGCCGUACCCGCCGUCGCCCAAGUCGCCAACAUGGAAAUAGGGUCUUUCUUCCAUUGUCGUACCCCUAUCCCAGUGCUCUCUCUAUACAUGAAUACUCUUC